AACCCUUUUCUUUCUCUUUGCAAUGAAUAAGCAUACAUGUCUGGUUUUCUUUUGUCUCUUUAGCUCCCUAACUGUUACCAUUUCUGAUGAGAGAUUUCCAGUUAACUUGAAGUUAUUUGUGUUUGGAGACUCGUAUGCCGAUACCGGAAAUUGGCCAAAAUCAUACGGUGGAUCAUGGCAGGAACCAUAUGGUAUCACUUUUCCUGGUACUCCCUCCGGCAGGUUUUCCGAUGGUCGUGUGCUCACGGAUUAUAUCGCUGGAAUAUUGGGGACAAAAUCUCCGAUAACAUAUGGAGGUUGGAAAUCUGGUGAGAAAAAAUCGAUAAGGUAUGGGAUGAAUUUUGCAUAUGGAGGGACAGGUGUCUUCAAUACACUGGUGAAUCAACCAAACAUGACCACACAAAUCAACUAUUUUCAACAACUUAUUCAACAGAAACAAGAUCUGCUUCAUGCAUCCUCCAUUGCCAUACUCUCUCUAGCAGGCAAUGACUAUGCAACUUACUUCACAUCAAAUCACACCCUCAAGGAUUUGUCAGGUUUAACGAAGUCAGUAAUUAGCCAAUUGGUUUCGAAUUUGAAGCGUAUACAUGAAUUGGGAGUUCGGAAGAUAGGGAUCACUACAAUGGAACCACUCGGGUGUUUGCCACAAUUCACGGUUUUUAAGUCGUAUCAAAAGUGUAGUAACACUGAGAACUCGAUAGCGGAGUUCCAUAACCAAGUGCUUGUGGAAAGCGUUAGAAAGCUAAACAACGAGAGCGAUGGUAAAUCGCUCUUUGUAAUCCUGGAUCUCUACAAAGCUUUCUUGAUUGCUCUGAACCUACGACAAAACCUUUCGACUGGGAAUUCAAAGUUGGAGAUGUUACUAAAACCGUGUUGUCAAGGUGUUAGCAAAGAAUACUCGUGUGGAAACGUCGAAAAGGAUACAAAGAUAUUGAAAUAUAGUGUUUGUGGAAACCCUAAUGACUCGUUUUUCUGGGACAUGAUACACCCUUCGCAACGAGGUUGGCAUGCGGUUUCUUCAAGUUUACGCUCUUCUCUUCUUCAACUUCUUUAAGGUCGGGUUUCACCGUAACCUUUUUCUAGAUCAUAGAUAUACAUGUCUCAUGUUACAUGUGAAACCCUUUUUCCAAA